AUGUUCCAGAGCAACUCUAAGCCGCCUCGCAUGCGGACCGCGUGCACUGAGUGUCACGCCUCAAAGGUCCGAUGCAACAGCGACAAGAACGGCUGCGCGCGAUGCAUGCAAAACCACCUCAAGUGCGUCUACAAGGUCUCCAUGGUCGGCCGGACCUCGAGGAAGCGGCAGGCUCCCGACUCAUGUGGCGGCCUCAAUUUCGAUCUGCACCGCCGCAAGGUCUCAAUCUCGGCCGUCGACCAAGGAGCAGCAGACCAGUCCCGGGACGGCGACUCGGACCUGCUCUGCUCCCCCGCCGCGUCCGCCAUGAGCGACCCUCUCGGAACUCCGCUGCCCGAGAUCGGUAUAGACCCCGCGAGCACCCAGUUCCUGGCCACCCCCCGCUACAGCACCUCUCUCUCGCUUGACGACUACUCCACCACCGCGGCCGACCAGCCGCAGCUCGACUUCUCCACCGGCCCGGCAGAGAACUGGUGGGAAGCCCCUGGGCCCGGUGACGGUGGCGCCUCGAGCCUCCUCUUUCCCGAUGACUCGUACCGCGUCGCACAGCAGACCGCUGGAGGCCGCAUGAGCGGUGCCCAGCAUGCCGGCAGCCUACGAGCACGAGCCAACUCCACCCACACGAGGCCAGCAACGACCUCUACAGCAACACCGCCAAGCAUCUCGGCCCACCACCAACAUCAUCAUCAUCAUCAUCAUCAUCAUACUGACACUCACAGCAAUAGCAACAACACCGCCGCCACCAACAACAGCAGCGUGGCCGAUGACGACGGCCGCAGGCGCCUGGGCCAGAUCAUGUCGCUGUGUCGCAAGGCCAGCACGCUCGAGGGCCAGCUACAGUCGCGGCUCAGCACGCUGGACGAGAUAAUGAAGAUGAACAAGACGUGCCUGGCCGAGAUCGCCGAGAUCACGGGCGCCCGGCGCGACGGGGGCGGCUCUCGCAAGGCCGGCCGCGAGGGCUCCUCCAGCCCGAGCCACAUCUGCCGGUGCUCGCUGGCCGUGAUCGCCACGUGUCUCGACACCAUGCUAACGCUGUUCGAGGACGUGGUCGAGAGGUCGGGGCUGGAUCCCCGUAGCAGCAGCAGCAGCAGCAGCGGAGGUGGCAGCGGAAAUUCAGCCUCGUCGCCUCAGUCGCCACCCGCCGAGGCGCGCAUGCCGAGCCUGCACUUUGGCGUGUUCGAGAUCGAUCCGCUGGAGCAGGCCGUCGUGGCCCGGCGCAUCCUGGCGCGCGAGCUGCAGAGCUACCGGGACGUCGUGCGCAUGCUGGCCACGACGUUCCACGCCCACCCCAACGACACGUUCCGCAAGUUGAUGGGGCAGUGGUGCCUGUCGCUGAUAACGCGGGUCGAGAGGCUGCCCAUCGCGUUGGAUGUGGGGUAG